GAAGAUCUGACCUUCACCCAGAUCUCCAGACUGCAGUUCACCCCACAGCUAGGAGACAUCUACAGCUGUGCAGUACAACAUCUGGCCCUGACAGAACCACUGACCAAGAUCUAUGAGGUGGAGGCGUCCGCUCACUCUGAUCCAGGUGUUGGACCCUCUGUGUUCUGUGGAGUGGGUCUGACUCUCGGUCUGCUCGGUGUGGCUGCUGGAACCUUCUUCCUCGUCAAAGGAAACGAGUGCAGCUGAUUGGCUCACGGUGAUGAUGUCAUCAUAGUUCUACAAUGAGCUCAUAAUGAGUGUGUGUUGUUGUUGUGUGUGCAGACUUCACCUGUAAUGAACUUCUGCUUCCUGUCUACCUGUCUCACCUGCUUUAGGUUAAUCUCCUGUAUGAGCUGUCCUGUCACCAUCUGUGUGAAUAAGGUUCAACUCUGGGAUUCAAAGCCAACUAAAGCUCCCUCGUCACAGUGAGUAUCUCCACCAUCCAUCCAGCAGAUUCCACCUGGAACCUUUUCCUGUCACAAAAACAAAGGAGACAAAAGUCAAAUUAAUGAGACUCAGAUCAGUUUUAUCUGAACUCAGUGUCAGGUGACCUCAGUGUGUUCAUAAACUUGUUCAUCAAAGUAAUAAACCCACAAAUCUGUC